GUAUGUUUCCGCCCGGACAGUGUCAAAGACGAACCAAACACGCUCUGAGUGCACGUUAUUCUCUUUUGUAUUCAGCUCGUCUUUCUGUGGUGAUGUUGUUGUUGUCGCUGGUUCUUUACUCAGUACACCACGUGUAUGUUAAACGCGGCUAGCGACCCAAACAGCAGAGUUUCCCUGGAAGAGCUAAAGCUACUGAGAGGCUGAGCCCAGCUAACGAGUCAUGCUACUGGUGGACCCUGGUCUGUACAUCGGCACUGCGGCUGACCUCAAUGACAGCCAGGCAUUGACCGAUGCAGUUGUCACUCACAUCCUGUCUGUGGACUCUGUGGACCCCGCCCCCCUGGUUCCUGCAGGUGGGAACUUCCGCAGGAAGUGGAUCAAUGUUCUGGAUGCGGUAACCUCUGACCUUCUGAGUCACAUGGAUGACUGCUUCCUGUUUAUCCGCGAGGCUGUGGAUGGAGGCAGGGCUGCACUUGUUCACUGCCAGGCCGGUCGGUACCGCAGUGCCACCAUCAUUACUGCUUAUCUGAUGAAGAGAUACCAGCUGGGCUUCACUGAGGCUUACCACAGACUGAAGACUCUCAAACAGGAUGUACAGGUCAACAGUGGUUUUGAGGAGCAGCUGAGUCUGUACGAGGCUCUGCAGUGUGAAGUGGACACCUCCAGUCCUCUGUACAAACAGUACAGACUGACCAAGAUCACAGAGAAGUACCCUGAGUUGCAGCACGUUCCCAGGGAGCUGUUUGCUGCUGACCCUGCCCACUCCAGCUCCUCUGAAGUGUCCUAUCGCUGCAGGAAGUGCAGACGGACUCUGUUCCGUGGCUCCAGUAUUCUCAGCCACCCAGUGGGAGAAGGAGCGCCAGCCUUUGGUCACAAGAAGUCCAGUAAACGCACCGGAGACAUCCAGUGUACAUCUUACUUCAUUGAACCAGUGCAGUGGAUGGAACAAGCUUUACUUGGAGUUAUGGAUGGACAGCUGCUGUGUCCUAAGUGUAGCUCCAAGCUGGGCUCAUUCAGCUGGUGUGGUGAUCAGUGUUCGUGUGGCCGAUGGGUCACUCCUGCCUUCCAGCUGCACCGCAACAGAGUGGACGAGAUCCGACAACUCAACAUAUAAAACACACUCAUACACUCAUGUAAAUGAAUGCAGUCUCUACAGGCAGAAAAAGAGAUGGCAGACAGCUCAUCAACAGACAGUCAAGAAGAAAUGUAUGACUGAUGACAUUUUUUAAAUGUAACACUCAUCUUGCACCAGGUAAUAAAGAAAUGCAUUACAGUA